UACGACUUUUUUACGACAAAAUGUUCUUACUUUUCUCUGUUUACGUGCUAGUCCCGUUCAACAGAUAUAUCCCUAAUCUUUGCCGUGGCUCAGUGUUAUUACUUUWUUCAACCUAAAAUGUCUAAACUACAUUCGUUGAAUGCGUUUCUUACUGCCCGAUUAACUGCGGCGGCUGUGGAUAUAUUUGGGGCAGUGGAGAAGACUAUAACAUCGUACCAGGAAGAAGUCUCCAGAUCAAAAGUGGAGAACGACCAUCUACGGAAGCUGUUGCUAGAUUUCGGUUUCAAACCUGAUAGAGAAUCACAAAGAGCAGACCUCCAGCAGCUCACUGUCUCUGUCUCUGGAGAGCAGGUUCCCUCUAAACAGGAGUGGAGUGAUCAAGAGGACACAGAGUCCAUAUUCAUUCCUCCCUGUGUGGAAAGUGCCAUGAGUCAGGACUCACCCCAGAGCUCAUACCUUUACCAAAUUGUGAAGAACAGCAAGAGGGCCUCCCUUCCCACCAACUCAACAGAACCGAUCAAAACCAACCAUGAUGGAGAGGACUAUGGGGCAUUAGAAUCAACCAGUAACUCUCAGACCAUGUCAAAGUCAAAACAUACACAGGCAAAGAAAGGACAAAGUCCUCUUGACACUGCGACAAACAGUGAGCUGAAAGCACCAAUGAGGGCUCACACAGYUGAUAGACCAUACAAGUGCCCUGUGUGCAGGAAAAGGUUUACUAAUAACAACCAUUUAAAAACGCAUCAGAGAAUUCACACAGGGGAGAGGCCACAUUGGUGCAAAGAAUGUGGCAAGUGCUUCAGCCGCAAGGGGGACCUGGGCACACACAUGAGGACUCACACAGGAGAGAAACCGUACCAGUGCAGCGUUUGUGGCAAAAGCUUCAGGCGAAACCGACUGAAUGAGCAUAUGAGGGUACACACAGGGGAAAGACCCUAUCGGUGUGCCGACUGUGAGAAGGGCUUUAUUUCAGUAAGUGACCUAAAACGCCACCAGCGCAUUCACACGGGAGAAAAGCCGUUUAGGUGCGACAGUUGCGGAAAAUGCUUCAGUCAGAUGACAACCUUGAAAAAACAUAUGAGGACUGUUCAUAAGAAGGUUCAAUUGCAGAGCAGUGAGGAAAGCCCAGAUCCCUGCUAGCAUUAGGGACUCCUGUUCAUUUAUGUGAUAAUGACAAACAGCACAGGACAUAUCUUAUGUUAACCURGGUACCAUCUGCGUGUGCUUUAGACAAUUUCUCUGACUAUCGCUGUCAUUCAUUCAUGCAAUUUUGUGUGUUGUAAAUCUCUUCUACAGACCAGUUGCUUUCUUUCAGGACACUGCUCUAACACCAAGAUCUACCAGAUGACAAUCAUCAUGUAUUGUUGUUACUAGACAUUAAAGUGGAUAUACUGGGGGCUUUCAAACUCUGUGCCAACAUUGAUAGAUUUAAAUAAUAAUACUUUUUUUGGGGGGGGGGGGUCUUAUUUGUCCUGUUGCACACAAGUGUGUAAUGGAAACGUGUUUGUUGCAUAUCCCAACUGUCCCUAAGACACCCUCAGUGAGUGGGGUCACGGCCAGGGUCACCAUUGUCCAGCUCCCCUGGAGCAAUUGGGUUAAGCGCCUUGCUCAAGGGCCCAGCAACAGAUUUCUUUCACCUUGUCGGCUCCAGGAUUCAACCCAGUGGCCUUUCAGUUGCUGGCCCYACACUCUAACCCCGAGGCUACCUGCUGCUCUAUUUUGGAACAGUCACAAAUCKCUCGCUAAAGCAAGUGCAUAAGCCUGCAACUAKCUCAUUGCCAUGACCAAACUCUUGGGGUUGUUUUUACAGAUCCAGAUUAUGCCUAGUCCUGGACCAGAACAUACUUUCAACAAUCUCUCCAACAAGAAUGAUUUUGAAUCCAGGACUAGGUUUAACCUGUAUUCGGGAAACCGGCCCCUGGUAUUUUUGUUUGAGAUGUUUUGCCAGGCCUAAUGUUAGGCAUAUAAAUGGGUUGUUAAUCAGAGCAAUGAACUAAAAGGACAUACUGUCCAACACAC